UAUCCAGUAGCAUGUUUUGCCUGUAUAGUGUGAUUAGUUUACUGUUAUAAUGGAAUCGAACAAAUCAAUUAGGGAAGAAAAAUCACAAUUCACAUUUCAGAAAACAUUACUGAUUGUCCUUAUAUCCGCAACUGUUGUUGAACUGAUAACCUUGUUGGCAUUGGCCGGUCACUGGCGACAAUUAAGGUCGGAUAAAAUGGCUCCAAAGAAAUCCAUCAUGUGCCACCCGUUGCGGAAACUUAUCAUAGAAUCUGGUGAAAAAGAAAGUCAUCAGUGUCCAGACGGAUUUAAGGAAAAGGUCAACGAAACAGAAGAAACAAAAUUAUGUUGUGGAGCUAUGAGCAUUAUCCUCAAUAAAGUUUCCGCCAAGAUUGUUAACGACAAGUAUGAUGAAGAUGCUUUUCCUGGUUAG